UGUUUCCGGGUCGAUGCGGGACGCGGCCGCCGGGCCUGGAAGUCCAAGAAAGGAGCAUGGACCAACCCAGUGGCAGGAGUUUCAUGCAAGUUCUUUGUGAGAAAUACAGCCCUGAGAACUUCCCAUAUCGCCGUGGUCCUGGUAUGGGUGUGCACGUCCCAGCAACUCCUCAGGGCUCACCUAUGAAAGAUCGUCUCAACCUUCCAAGCGUGCUGGUGCUGAACAGCUGUGGCAUCACCUGUGCAGGGGAUGAGAACGAGAUCGCUGCCUUCUGUGCCCACGUCUCUGAACUCGAUCUUUCUGACAAUAAACUGGAAGACUGGCACGAGGUCAGUAAAAUUGUGUCCAACGUUCCCCACUUGGAGUUUCUAAACUUGAGUUCCAAUCCUCUCAGUUUGUCCGUUCUAGAGAGAAGGUGUGCUGGCUCCUUCGCUGGUGUCCGCAAACUUGUGCUCAACAACAGCAAAGCUUCCUGGGAAACAGUCCACACAAUCCUGCAGGAGUUACCUGACUUGGAGGAGCUCUUCCUGUGCCUUAACGACUACGAAACAGUGUCUUGUUCUCCAGUUUGCUGUCAGUCUCUCAAAUUACUCCACAUAACUGACAAUAAUCUUCAAGACUGGACUGAAAUUCGAAAAUUGGGAAUAAUGUUUCCAUCUCUGGACACGCUCAUUCUGGCUAACAACAACCUCACCACCAUCGAAGAGUCAGAAGAUUCCCUCGCAAGGCUGUUCCCCAACUUGCGAUCCAUCAAUUUGCACAAGUCAGGUCUGCAUUGCUGGGAAGACAUUGACAAGUUAAAUUCUUUUCCCAAGCUCGAGGAAGUGAAAUUGCUUGGAAUCCCUUUGCUGCAGUCCUACACCACUGAGGAGCGCAGGAAGCUGCUAAUAGCCAGGUUGCCAUCUAUCAUCAAGCUCAAUGGGAGCAUUGUUGGUGAUGGGGAGCGAGAGGACUCGGAGCGGUUCUUCAUCCGGUAUUACAUGGAGUUCCCAGAGGAGGAAGUGCCAUUCAGGUACCACGAGCUGAUCACCAAGUAUGGGAAGCUGGAGCCCUUGGCAGUCGUGGAUCUUCGGCCGCAGAGCAGCGUGAAGGUGGAGGUUCACUUCCAGGACAAGGUAGAAGAGAUGUCAAUCCGUCUCGAUCAGACUGUGGCAGAACUGAAGAAGCACUUAAAAACUGUGGUGCAGCUGUCAACCAGCAACAUGCUGCUCUUCUACUUGGACCAGGAAGCCCCCUUCGGCCCCGAGGAGAUGAAGUACAGCUCACGAGCGCUGCAUUCCUACGGCAUUCGGGAUGGAGACAAAAUCUAUGUGGAGCCCAGGAUGAAGUAGCCUCUCUCGACCUACACACCCCACACACCCACACACAUGCAUUUAAGGAGUUUUUGCAAGGUUUUUAUUUCGGUUGGUUGGUUGAGGUUUGGUUGUGUUUCUAUAGCAGGUCGUGGCUUAGCCCAGAGUGAGUGCCCUGAUGGCAGAACCAUGCCCACCACCCACUGCAGGUGACCUCGAGGUGACAGCUGACUUCAGUGUGUGUGUUUCCGUGUGUGCAAUACCCCCAUGUUUUCUUUGAUGCUCCGGUAUACUCGUGAUUUGGCAUGAAUGGUCAGUUGUUGAAGCUGAAGAAUGCUAGGGCCCAUGAGGGAGGAGGCAGCUUGGUGUGGAAUUUGACCUGUUUAUUUUUCUUUCUCUAAAGAACGUGUGCUUUUUUUUGGCACCACCAGAGCACCCUAGCUAUCCAACUGCGGUUUGAGCGAGCUUGGUUUUCCAUCUGGGUGCUGUCUCAUAGCCUUUUGUCACACUCAAGCUCACUGAAAAGGUCUGAAAUAAUGUUCAGUUUGAAUCAGAGCUCAGGUAUUCAGCAUUCAGCGCAUCCACUUAGCUCCACUGGUUGGUGUGAGCGCACAAGAUGAGGGAAAGGCAGGGAUGUUAUGAGAAAGAAAGGAUUUCUUUCAAAAACUCCUGCUUCUAGCCAUGCUGUCCUAUCAUGAAUUUGGAGAUUUGCUUUCUGUGUCCGUGUCACAGUGUCUGCAAGCUGUAGCACUGUCAGCCCGCAGGCAAAGCAAGCCUGGCCCUGUUUAAUUUGUGAAAGGAAUUGUAGAUUGGCAUUGUGUUGAGGGCUUUUAGGGUAGUGGGUCAGAAACGUGGUGAGGAGUGCGUUCCUCCUUUGGCUGGGAAACAUCCCUGCGAUGCCGGAAGGUCUUCCAGUGAGCACUUAACCUUGUACCGCCGUGUCCCAAAAGUGGAAUGGCUGAAAUUGCUCUCUUGGGAGGGAGCAAGACUCGAAUUGAAGUUUGUUUGUUGUUGUUGCACCAGAAAUGAAACCUGGCACUUUCUCCGGGGAUUCCUGGCUGCAGGGUCUCCAUUUAGGGUCCAAACUAGCAGAAUGUGUUGACUCGGAUCAGUUUCUUAGGCAGCAGGUCCAAAAGCACCUAUACCCACGUGUAUUGUAAAGCAGGUGUUCACUAGAUCCCCCACCCCCCACAUGCACCUUGUAGGCAUUGUGUGCUGCUGCUUAAAUUCGCCCUUCUCUAACGCAGCGCGGAUUCCUGUGCGAUGAAACCCUCAGUCCUUUAUAUCUCUUGUAAAUCAGGCAGCCGUUUCGCUUCACUCUGUCCUCCCUUGUUCUUCUGUCAUCCUGACAAGCUGAAGACUUUUCAAAUUACCUUGUUAUAAGCAACUGCAUCAAAGUUUCUGAGCUGUGCACUGAGGGCUCUGGUUACACGUGAACUCCUGACCGUAAUUUUGAAAUGCUCCCUGUCCCCACGUGCACUUUUUUCCCCGAGAUGCUUUUGUCCACGCCACCAAGCUCCUUUAUAGCCUUGGAGUUGUGUGUUUCUCUUUAUGUUUUACAUAGAUCGUGGGGUGGGGUAGGAUGGGGAGGGGACAAAGUGUUAUCUCGUAAUCUUCAGGUUGUAGGGACUGUUGAGAGGGGAUUCGUUCCGCACCCACAGUAAGGAUUAAAAACGGGAGGACUUAAGACAAGGUAAUUACUUCUGCCUCAUCUCCCUGCCAAAAGCAUCCAUCUGCUGGCACCAUCGAGACGAGCAAUAGCAAAUGGAGCAGGAGCCACCAUAGGUGGAGUAGAGGCGAUGGCCAUAGCUGCAGGGCUGUAAGACAUGAGCAGGGAGAUGGUGGCAGUGUACCAUAAAAUGAUGCUUUUAUAAGCUAGAGCUUUACUGAAGAUGUAUUUUCCGUUUGGGCAGCGAAAGGCAUUUUGCUGCCUUAUAGCGGAACUCUUAAGCCAACACUUCUGUAUGAUAUAUACAUAGAUAUGCAUCGGGAAAAGUUGUGUUUAAUAAGAUAUUUUGUUAUAAAACAAAGUUUUAUGAAGAUAUGGUUGUUUAAUAUUAGAAGCCUAUUUCUCCCUUUGACCUCCUGUUUGAGUACAUCGUCCAUCAAUCGCCGCGUUGUCUGAACUAGGCAACCAAUGCAGAUGCAAAGGAAUCUCUGAUCUAAUUCUACAGAGCAGUAAUUGCCUACAUGGAUAUAUUUAAGGCGUUGUAACUGGUAUUAGUGAGAUGCUGUAAUUACUAACCAGCUUGCUCAGCACAAUUAGAUGUCUGACUCGCGGAAAGGGAAAUAAACAAAGUCCAUUAAAGAACUAAAGGGGAUAUUGAAGAAGACCCAGCUAUGUGCUUGUAGGUUUGUUUCCCUGCUAAGAAUUGCCCUCAUCCAUGCAGGGAGCAGUGCUGCUGCGCUGGCUAGGAGCUGCCAGUAGAUAAUGGCUUUAUUUAUGGUGGAACUUAUGGGAACUGGAAGAUGAACAAAGAGGAUUGCUUGUUGCUUGCGAUGUGGACACGCGCCGUGUAUCACUGGGGAUUUGGCAUCAACACCCAAACUGGCUCCUCGGUAUGAAUGUGUGCCUUGCCAUGUCGUUGGGGAAGCUUGUUCCUGGAUGAUGUUCCCAAGCUGUUCAGGCAGCAGCGGAACAUGCAUUGGGUGGGAACCAAAAGCAUCGGUUGGCUUCCCAAGGAGAAAGAGCCACGUCCAAAAGCCAGGAGUGACUGACGUGUCUACGUGAUAGACUUUGAAAAGCAGGAUGGAGUGGCACGCAAACAACGCUCCAGGAUGUCCCAAACUGGAUUGCUUUCCUGUUGCAAUACCUGCUGGGGAAGGGUUUUGUGUUUGGGCAGUGCUGGUGCUUACCGGGUGUCUUGGGGGGACCGAGGGCUGUGAACAAGAGGGGCUGGUGGUGGGCAGUGAGAGUGUCCUGAGAUGUCAGGAGGGUCCAUGUCAGGAGGGUCCAUGUCAGGAGGGUCCAUGUCAGGAGGGUCCAUGCAAUGCCACGAGGUGCUGCAUCCCAGCUUUGUUGACAUGCAUCUGCUUUCGAGACAGAUCCCCAGUUCUGCCCCAUUCCUUCGAGAAAACAAAAUACAGGCUUGCAAGCUUCUCUAGCUCUUGUGUUCUUUUCUGAGAGUGCUACUUUUGUCAAGAAACAUUUUGUUGUUCAUGCAUAAAAAUCUGCCGUGGGCAGUCUGCACAGUGGAAGAAGCACCUGGUUCGUAUGGAAUUGGGUAACAGCUACAUACCAAAGUUUUGCACGCGUGUUGAGACGAGAUGCUGCGCCGCUGUUUUUUUUUUGGAGACGUCCUCAUUGAAUAUCCGUGCUUUGACCAGAUGUUACAAGCGUGCUGCUUCGCCGGCGAUGCUAUGAAUAUGCAUGGCGUGGUGGCUGUCCCCCCUCACUGCGAUGUGCCGCUGUGCUCAGUGGGGCUCCCCUGCAUCCUGGUGGCUGAUGGCACCGUGUGGUCCCCAGGGCUUGGGGCAGCUCAGGGUCUGUGCACGGUGCUCUUGGGGUUGGCUCUGGGUUGGCUGCGCUCUGCCAUCGCUCCGUCUCCGCCGCUCGCCUUUUCUGCUUGGAAAUGAGAUUCUGUAGGUGCUGUUCGUGUGCAGAUUGGAAAAUGCAAACGAUGUGCUGAAAGCAGCCCGGAGGCUAAAAUAUGUAUUCCUGGCAGCUGUGCCACCCUCGGUGCUCGUGGAGCCUUUGUAGGCAGCGGGCAGACGCCGUCCCCAGAGCGGCACUGGGGCGGCUGCAGCCAUCUCAGGCCUCCGCCGCUGUGAUUGCUGUUCUGCACUUACUGGAAACUUCAAACAUGAUUUAAACAUGAAGGUCUAUUCUCGCGCCCUAUUAAUUAUGCAUCCGUAUGUAAUUCUAAAGAAAAAGGGAAAACUGUAAGUCUAUAUCCGUUUUUAUGCUGGUUUCUCUCAUGGGGAUUAUACUUCGCGCGCCGACAAUUUGCCUUUGGUUUGCUCGCAGACUUAGAGGUGGAAUUCAGGCCACUUAGAUCAUUGGUUUGGAUCAAUUCAAUAAACCUAUUUAAGUUUUUGCACAAAA